GGAGAUAAUUUGUCACGUUUUAACCUAACUUAUAUAUGCAAAAAAAAAAAUCUAUAUAAUAAAAGGAAAUUAAGUGCAUGAGGACCGUUUAAAACCAAAACGGACGGUUGGUUAGGGCCUUUGUAUUGAAACCGGCGACCCAAGACCCGCAAGAAAUCUCUCGAUCUGUAUUGAAACCGGAACAGAGAUGGAAUCCUCGCAGACCACCGGAGCAGCAGCCUCCGGCGGUAAUGGAACGCUUAACCCCCAAAACAACGAUGCUUCACCUGCUGAAUCAACAGUUACGGCAACUACUUCGUCAUCCGACGAUCCCAAGCAAAACCUAAACCAAGUCAUCAAUUCAAUUCAGAAAACCCUAGGAACCAUCCAUCAGCUCUACCUCACUGUCUCUUCCUUCAACGUUUCCUCCCAACUCCCGCUUCUCCAACGCCUAAACACACUUGUUAUGGAGAUGGAUAAUAUGGCGAAAUUGUCGGAAAAGUGUAAUAUACAGGUUCCGAUGGAGGUCUUAAAUUUGAUUGAUGAUGGGAAGAAUCCUGAUGAAUUCACGAGGGACGUUUUAAACAGCUGCAUUGCUAAAAACCAGAUCACUAAAGGAAAAACUGAUGCUUUCAAGGGGUUGAGGAGGCAUCUUCUGGAGGAACUUGAACAAGCAUUUCCUGAUGAAGUUGAAGAUUAUAGGGAAAUCCGUGCAUCUUCUGCAGCUGAAUCCAUGCGCCUUGCACAAGCACAAACCAUGUUACCAAAUGGAGAUGUCAAGCUCAAACCUGAGAUCUAGUAUCCAAUCUUAAUACUUAUUGUUAAAAACCUUUGUUUUAAACUCUCUCUUUCUCUCUAUAUAUAUAAACAGAUUUGCAAAUCAGACUAAUGAAGGACAUCGUCUAUCAAAUUACUGGUAAAGCAAAGAGCAGGAAGCCCUCUCAGCACAACUGAGGUCUAGGUCCUAAAAGUGAUGAUGAAGGCAAGCUGCUUAUGUUUAAAACCAUCAACAAUCGCCUCAUAACUUGAACAACCUUGUCUAUUGAUUGUUUGGAAAUAACUAUAUGCUUUGAAAAGUAAUGUGUUAUUGAAUUUAACAGCCUAGUUUUUCUAACAUUUGAAUAAAAUAGUAAAUGUGUAUUAAAACUACUUUCAAGGGAUGUACAACCAAUUUUAAAGACCAAAUUUUGAAAAAGUGGUUUUUAGCUAUAUGUGUGGAUGUGGUGUGCAAUAGAUGGUCGCUAUACCGAUGGUACCUUUAGGCCAUAGGGUGUAAUACCAUGCUUACAAUACUAUUGCAUGUCAUAUCAUUAUUUUUUCUUUAACACUACAAAACUGUGAGUGGCAUAUCCCACCUUAACUCUAGUUUUUUUCUUAAAUCGGUCAAAAAAGGAACAGAAGAGGUGCGGUAAAGGCUUGUGGUACAGUGGCCAUACCACAAUGGCAAAUGGAUGGCAAAUGGGGGUCCGUGUUGUGUGCAACAUACAUUGUGAUGCCACAUCAGUCACAAGAGUGUGCGGUUUAAGGUGUACCUAUAGCCUUAAGAUCAUGAUUAUUUCUAUAUAUUUUAAUACAUUUUUACAUAUAAAUAUAAAUAGGUAAUUUUAUUAUAUAUUGUAUCAGUUUUUAUUUUUUUGUCUUAUUAAUUUAUUAAAUACAUAUUUUUUUCCGUAUUAUUCAUGUAUUAAAUGAAAAUUAUUGUGUAUAAAUAUAUUUUUAUAUGUGAAAACUCACAC